AUGAGUUGCAGACAGCUCUCUUCGUCCUUCUGGAGCCGAGGCAGCUGUGGGGGCGGCGGGGGCGGCGGGGGUAGCGGGGGCAGCAUGCGGUCCUCCUUCAGCCGCUACAGCUCCUCGGGGGCCGGUGGAGGAGGGGGCCGAUUCAGCUCUUCCAGUAGCUAUGGCGGGGGAAGCUCUGGGGCCUGUGGGAGGGGAGGUGGUGGUGGCUUUGGCUCCAGCUAUGGCGGAGCGUCUGGGGGCGGCUUUAGUGCAGGGAGUUCUGCCAGCAGCUUUGGAGGAGGGUCCAGAGGUUUUGGUGGUGGCGCUGGAGGAGGCUUCGGUGGUUCUGGGGGCUUUGGAGGAGGCUUCGGUGGCUAUGGUGGCUCUGGAGGGAGUGACGGUGGCAUUCUGACUACUGAUGAGAAGGCCACCAUGCAGAACCUCAAUUCCCGGCUGGCCUCCUAUUUGGAUAAGGUGCAGGCAUUAGAGGAUGCCAAUGCUGCCCUGGAAAAGAAAAUCCAGGAAUGGUAUGACAAGCAGGGACCCAGGAUCUUCCAAAAGGACUAUUCCCCUUACUAUGACACCAUCAAUGAUCUCAAGAACCAGAUUGUGCGACUGACAGUGGGCAACAACAAAAGUCUCCUGGACAUUGACAACACUCGCAUGACGCUGGAUGACUACAGGAUGAAGCUUGAGAUGGAGCAGACUGUGCGGCAAGGGGUGGAUGCUGACAUCAAUGGCCUGCAGAAGGUGCUGGAUGGUCUGAACAUGGAGAAAUCUGACCUGGAGAUACAGUACGACACUCUGCAGGAGGAGCUGACGGCCCUCAAGAAGAAUCAUCAGGAUGAGAUGUCCCAGCUGACUGGACAGAAUGACGGGGAUGUCCAUGUGGAAAUAAAUGUUGCUCCUGGCAUUGAUCUCACCCAAACCCUCAAUAACAUGCGCCAGGAAUACGAGCAGCUCAUUUCUAAGAACCGUAAGGAAGUUGAGCAACAAUACGAGACCCAGAUGAGCCACCUUGAGCAGGAGGUGACAAAUAGUAGCCAAGAGAUGGAGACCAACACGAAGGAGGUGAACCAGCUGCGGCACAGUGUCCAGGAGUUGGAGAUCGAACUGCAGGCUCAGCUCAGCACGAAAUCUGCCCUGGAGAAGUCCUUGGAAGACACUAAGAACCGCUACUGUGGCCAGCUGCAGCAGAUCCAGGAGCAAAUCAGUAACCUGGAGAACCAGCUUGCUGAGAUCCGGGCAGAGAUUGAGUGUCAGAAUCAGGAAUACAGCCAACUGCUCAGCAUCAAGAUGAGGCUGGAGCAGGAAAUUUCAACCUACCGCAGUCUCCUUGAAGGCGGCCAGGAAGACUUUGACUCUUCUGGAGCUGGACGAAUUGGCUUUGGAGGUGGUAGAGGAAGACAUAGAGGAAGUGGAUCCAGAGGAGGAAGUGGAGGCAGCUAUGGAGGAGGAAGUGGAGGCAGUUAUGGAGGAGGAAGUGGAGGCAGCUAUGGAGGAGGAAGUGGAGGCAGCUAUGGAGGAGGAGGAAGUGGAGGCAGCUAUGGAGGAGGAAGUGGAGGCAGCUAUGGAGGAGGAAGUGGAGGCAGCUAUGGAGGAGGAAGUGUAGGCAGCCAUGGUGGAGGGAGUAGUUCUGGAGGAGGAAGUGGAGGCAGCCAUGGUGGAGGAAGUAGUUCUGGAGGAGGAAGUGGAGGUGGCUAUGGUGGAGGAAGUGGGUCCAAGGGAGAAAGUGGGGGUAGUUACGGAGGAGGAAGUAGUUCUGGAGGAGGAAGUGGGGGUGGCUAUGGUGGAGGAAGUGGGUCCAGGGGAGAAAGUGGGGGUAGUUAUGGAGGAGGAAGUAGUUCUGGAGGAGGAAGUGGGGGUGGUUAUGGUGGAGGAAGCGGGUCCAGGGGAGGAAGUGGAGGUAGCUAUGGUGGAGGAAGUAGUUCUGGAGGAGGAAGUGGAUCCAGGGGAGGAAGUGGAAGACCAUCUCAGUCCCAGUCCUCCUCCUCCAAAUCUGGUGAAUGUGAUGAUGCACAAGACCACCAGAUGCGAUACUAG